CGAAGGAACACUUUUUUUCGUGGCGAGGGGUAUAGAUGCCACGUGGCCACUCCGGCGGUGUGGCACGCGAUUUGGUCAAAGGAUAUGUCCAAGUGUCUUGCACAUUUGGCUUGUGCCGUGCAGGCCUUGCAAAGUCUCCCUCUAGGUCAUCCCUCUUUUCAAUGGCCACCUCUUCGUUUUCCCGAUGACGUCGUUCCGCCGCCCCCGUCGACCGCUGCCCCCUCGCAAGUGGCGCCAUCUCCAUGUGCACCACUUGCUCCCCUCCCCCCUCGUCCGCUUCGUCAGACGAUUCCCGCAUCCGUUGAUGGCAGACCAUCUGUGGCAACGCAGCCUGAUGCGCAAGGCACCGUGCCAGUUUCAGGUGUCGGGGAACCUGUGCCGUUCGACGAGCAAGGCACUCGUGCUUUUGUCGAGGGCGGUGGKUGGGGGAAGGACGCUGGCACAUCAUCAGGCSUCGCCCCGUURUUCACUGGCAACARGGACAAGGUCCCAAGAGUUCGACGCRCAGACACACGUCCGRCCGUGGCAGGAGYACCCGCAACAGGACAUCAAUCCRCUGCGUAUCCAUGGUUGCCUCCCCCUCCUUCGCAAACACGACGGCCUACACCAGACUUGACUUCGGCACCUGUUGGCGAGGCCGCUGCAACAGCCACUGAGGGUGCGGGAAACGUCCAGCUCGACGAGCCCGUCCAGGUUUCGGAUUCGUCACCCACUCCUGUGCCCGUGARCGGCCCGACCUCGCAGCACGGUGUUUUUGGAACACUGGAUCCUUUACAGAAUCUGCGCAACAUUGCAGCUCCGAGUCCAGGCCCCACCGCAUCACCUGCGGCCGGGGGCGGGGUGAGGGAUUCGCUAGGUAUGGGCGCCGGUGCACGAGUGAGGGGCACUUACAGGCAGCAGGCGGUGACCUCGUAUUACAACGACCCGCUGGAGCACGCAUGGCACCUGCAGAUCAUGCGAUUCAUUGUCGAGAGCGGCAUGCCCUCCGAUGGGCCCUUCCGCAGCAGUCCCAGAAUCGACACUUCGAGUAUGCACGUGACAGCUCCGAUGGGGCCUUCCGCAGCAGUCCCAGAAUCGCAACAGGGUCCAGCACCGUUGAUGCGUCAUCCCGAGGUUCAGGGAGAGAUCAAUCCUCUCCCGGCAGUGCGGGACGAGGGUUCUGUCGGUGCACUGCAUCCACUCACGUCUGCCGGAGCGGCAGUCUCAGUUGCAGCGACCUUGGAUGUGGGACAACCACUGGCAGCGGCGGAGCAAGAAAGUAUGCUCCCACCUCGCAGUGUUCAACCGCGGCCACCGCCUGCAUUGAUGGAGGGGAGUCAGGGGACCGUUGUUGWGUGUCAAGGCGACGAUCUCCCGGAACGUGAUAUCUCACACACUCCCGCAGCCGAGCAGAGCGCCGCAGACCAUGUCGGCCUUGCAUGCCCCACCGGCAGUCUUCCAAGUACCGGCGAGUUACUGACCAUGGACUCUGCGCUCGUUUCUCUACCGGACUUGUCGACGUUGAUAUCCCCAGGUCUACCCCAUGUGUCACCGCCCAAGCCACAACAGCCUGUUGUCAUGGAGCGUGGAUCGGACGGGUUUGACGUGGCAGGAGGCGAUAUCGCCGAUAUGAUUACGAACCCAAUGGUGUCUGCCACGCCCACAAUUUUUCGUGUUGGCAAACUACGCGAGGUGACCCUUGGUUUGGCGGAGACGACGACGCGACACCGCCGCGACGGUCAGCGCAGCAACGCACAACGCAGUCUUUCUCAUUCGUUUGACGGCGCAGAGGAAGGGUCUCCUGGUGGGCCAGUUGACACACUCGAAAGAGAAGCAAGACCCCCAAGUCCGCCGUCAAACUCAGAGCAUCAUCCGAUUGCCGCGGCUGUCGACGCAGAUGCCGGCGUCCCCGUCACAAACAGUGGCGCGGACGCGACAGAACAGCUUUUGGUUGGGUUAUCGGCGACAGCACGGCGCGACAGAGCCACUGUUUUGCCGACAGUGGCAUUCUAUGCCAGCGGGAAGAGUACUGGGGGGAUGGAUGAGCAGGGAGUCUGGAAUGUUGGCAGGCCAUCUGCACCGUCUAUGGGGAAACGAUCCAUUGGGAGUGUGGAUGGUGCUCGACACACCGCCAUGGCAAAGUUUGAGAACCGACACGGGAGUGCUUUGCCGACGAAGACGUCUGAUGUCCAUGCUACGAGAGCCGAAAAGGCGAGUCUUUCUUGGGCAAGGAAGAAGGCCUCGGCAAGGAAGGCGUCACGUUCAUCCUCACAUAUGCGUUCCCGAGAGAGAGGAUCGGGCGUUGUGCAUCUCGAGGACGGAGAGAUUGCACCUGACGGCGACGCAUUGGAUGUUGGAGGGAGGGAUGCAACGACGGCGGAUAUCGUCGCCAGGGAGGGCACAGGGAAUGCAGUGGCAGGUCAGAAGAGACGCGGCAGUGUACUUAUCGUCCACGACGACAGCACAGAUGUCGCCCCGGGAGAGACCACAGACACUGAUGAUGCAGGGGACUCCAAUUACGUACCCAAACCACGGGCGGCAGAUGGAGAUGAUGGAGGAGGGCGACGAGUGAGACCGAGGACACGACUCGGGCCGCAAGGGCAGCGAGCACAGGGCACACCAUCGGCGAUGAUUCCUGCCCCCAUAGAUCGGCGAGCUCAGGCGCAGUGGUUGCUGCGCAAAAUGGAGGCCACUCUUCAACAAACGCACGGGUUAUCGCUUGGCCGCGAAGAGACGGAGACUUAGAGACAGGGAGAGAGGGAGGGAGAGAGAGAGAGAG